AAAAAUACAAAUGCCCUAGAGCUAGCUUCGGAGAUUGGCCAAAGUCCAUCAUAAUCCACUGCCGGAUCGAGAGGAGACCCGAGACCCCUAGAAAGAAGACCAGCAAGCAGGUCGCGCGAGCCCAAUAGACCACCAAGGGAGAUGUGCGCGCGGCCGGCUACUAGUGAGAUGUGCCUCCAUCAUAGCACACCAUGUGAUGCGGGAGGAGCCUGCUGUUCCGCCUCUCAUCCCCCUACUUCUUCCAAGAUGCAAUCAUGCUGCCCCAAGCUCCUCGGGCCCUCGGCCGCCAUGAUUGCCUCACCGCCUCUCAAGAGUCGCCUCCACCUACUUCCAAGAGGAAGAGGCCGGAGAAGCUAUAGUCCGUGAAGAAAUCAAGCGGAGGGGCGGCGGUGUAGGAGGGGCCGGCGGAGGAGAGAGAGGGCCGGGGGAGGUGACAGAAAGCUAGAGAGAGAUGCAUGAUGGAGCAUGAUGAUGGCGUGGUUGAUCUCUUCGAUCUAGCACUUCUAUCAUUCGAGUCAAGAAGCCAUCAUCAGAUCGGUGCAGUCCUCCCUCCUCCUCCUCCUCCUCCUCCUUCCAGCUCCUCUUUAUCAGCUUCUCUGUAACGCUGCGCCGCCAUGGCUUUGGGGGAAUCAAGCGCCUUGGUCCGAAGAAAUCCGUCUUCUUUUCCUAGCUAGGAUCUACGUACUUGUGCAAGAGUAUGUCAUGCAUGCUACGCUAUAUGUUAUUCCUACAUGUUCUUGGUCGAUCUGUCGCUACAUAUGGUUUGUGCAGACAUCAAUACUCGUCUGUCUUUGAUUGAUUUGUUUUGACACCACUCUUUGAUCCGGAGUUUGGUUCAUGUAAUACUAUUUCAUUAGAUAUGUGGAUUUCUUCUUUG